GUUGCGAGUUUGGGGCUCGUCUAAGGAGAUCUUGGAGGUGGUUCCAGAGGCAUUGGCUUUCCUGGGUAAGAAGCUCGAGGCUCAUGGUUGCAGGCUCUCACCUGAAUCCUGUGUUCUCGCGUCGGUGCCUGGGCUGAGCGCCAAGAUAAGCGAGCGUACGAAGGAGUUGGGGUGGGCCGUCAAGACCAGUGUCCAGGGGAGGGACCUCGGCCUGGACACUACCUUGGGGUUACGGAGGCGCCUGAAGAUUCGGAAGGAGCGUUUCAAGAAGGGGCUCCAGAGGCUCAAAGGGAUCACCAACCUCACCAGGACCACCAAGAAGAGUCGGAGGCUGGUCAAUACGGGGGCCCGCCCACAGCUCUUCUGGGGCCAACAGGGGCAAGGUAUUGCGCCGACAGUACUCAAGCUAGUUCGGGGACGACUAGUCCGAGGACUCGGAUAUGUUCCCAAGUAUGGAUGCACGACGGCAGGCUUUGCCUUGUCAGCACGGGGACAGCAGCAGGAGGAUCCUGCGCACUACCUCCCCAUGCAAGUUGUCAAGACCUGGUUCGACAUGGUCAACCAGAAUCCAGAGUUGCACAAGGCAAUCGGCAAAAGUACCGAUGAAGCAGUCCUCGACUCCCAGUACCUCAUCCAGAAG